GCCGUGCGCAGCCGCAGUCGGUGCCGCUGCCGCCGCCGCCGCCGCCGCCGUCGUCCCGGGGCCGCCGGAGCGGCCGCACCGGGCGAUGCGAUGACAACGUCCACCCUGCAGAAAGCCAUUGACCUGGUCACCAAAGCCACUGAGGAGGACAAGGCUAAGAACUACGAGGAGGCACUGCGGCUGUACCAGCACGCCGUGGAGUACUUCCUGCACGCCAUCAAAUAUGAGGCUCACAGCGACAAGGCCAAGGAGAGCAUCCGAGCCAAGUGCAUGCAGUACCUGGACCGGGCGGAGAAGCUGAAGGAGUACCUGCGGAGCAAGGACAGGCACGGAAAGAGGCCCGUCAGAGAGGCACAGAAUGACAACAAGGGGAGUGACAGUGACAGCGAGGGCGAGAACCCCGAGAAGAAGAAGCUGCAGGAGCAGCUGAUGGGUGCCAUCAUGAUGGAGAAGCCCAACGUGAGGUGGAGCGAUGUGGCUGGGCUGGAGGGAGCCAAGGAAGCCCUGAAGGAGGCCGUGAUUCUGCCCAUCAAGUUCCCACACCUGUUCACAGGGAAGCGCACGCCCUGGCGCGGGAUCCUGCUCUUCGGGCCGCCUGGCACCGGGAAGUCCUACCUUGCCAAGGCCGUGGCCACUGAGGCCAACAACUCCACCUUCUUCUCUGUGUCAUCAUCCGACCUGAUGUCGAAGUGGCUGGGGGAGAGUGAGAAGCUGGUGAAGAACCUGUUUGAGCUGGCAAGGCAGCACAAGCCCUCCAUCAUCUUCAUCGAUGAGGUGGACUCACUGUGUGGCUCCCGCAAUGAGAACGAGAGCGAGGCGGCCCGGCGCAUCAAGACCGAGUUCCUGGUGCAGAUGCAAGGUGUGGGAAACAGCAGUGAUGGGAUCCUGGUGCUGGGUGCCACUAACAUCCCCUGGGUGCUGGACUCGGCCAUCAGGAGAAGGUUUGAGAAGAGGAUCUACAUCGCCUUGCCCGAGGAGGCGGCGCGGGCACAGAUGUUCCGGCUGCACCUGGGGAACACCCCGCACUCCCUGACGGACGCCGACAUCCAGGAGCUCGCCCGCAAGACCGAUGGCUACUCGGGGGCCGACAUCAGCAUCAUCGUGCGGGACGCCCUGAUGCAGCCCGUGCGCAAGGUGCAGUCGGCCACGCACUUCAAGAAGGUGCGUGGCCCCUCCCGCACUAUCCCUGGCGUCCUGGUGGAUGAUCUCCUGACGCCAUGCUCGCCUGGUGACCCUGGGGCCACCGAGAUGACCUGGAUGGAGGUGCCCAGUGACAAGCUGAUGGAGCCCAUUGUCUGCAUGUCAGACAUGCUGCGCUCGCUGGCCACCACCCGCCCCACUGUCAACGCCGAGGAUCUCCUCAAAGUGAAGAAAUUCACGGAGGACUUUGGACAGGAAGGUUGAGGGGGGCAUGGGGGGUGUGGGGUUGGGGCAGCUGCAGGCCCCACUGUACCUCCCUCCCCGGCCGUGCCAAACCGACUCGUGUUCGCUCACUCCUGCCCCAUUGCACUGCAGCACCCGGCAGGCGUGGGGACACGGCCCUGGGGGCUCACACUACGGGGGGUGGGUCUGAGCAUGGCCUGGGUGGCCAGGUCCCCCCCAGCUGCACCCCACUCUUCUUCCUGCUCUUUUUUUAUUUUUUAAAUUAAUGCUGCUUUGGGUUCUGUCUUGUUUAUAUGAAAAUAAAAACAAUCUGAGAGCUUCA